GUUUUCUCCCGGUCCUCCGGUUUCCUCCCACUGCUAAAGACCCCUAUGCGCAAGCGAGUUAUUGAAAUAAAUUUUUUUAAAAAAACAUGUUAGUCCCGAAAUGACCUGGUUUGUGUCAAGUAGAUGUUAAACUCUCUCUCUCUCUCUCUCUCUCUAUCUCUCUCUCUAUCUCUCUCUCUCUCUCUCUCUCUCUUGGUGGCAUAUUGGCAGCACUUAUGCCUCAUUCCCACUGGGCAUUUAUUUCUCGGUGAUGGAAAUUGAUGAGCCUCGGUAGACGUCGGGGACAGGUGUCCUGGGAAGCUUCGAGAGCAUCGCGGGCCAUACGGAGCCAUUGGGAGGCCUUGGGGCAACUGCGAAAAAUUUCAAUGUUGCUUUGAAAUUGUUUUUCUGAUGUGUUCCCCACAGACCGGGAAAAAGACUGGGAAGGUAUCCCAGAAGCUGUCCAGAUCCACGGAGAAGGUAUCCCAGAAGCUGUCCAGAUCCACGGAGAAGCUCCGGGGAUGUUUCCCUGGAGCUUCUGGGAAAUAUUUUCUCCCCGAAGCGACGACCAUCACUCGCCGAGGUAUCAGGGUACCGCCGAUGGUAUUUGAAUCACAGGGUUGCAUCCCCGAAAGUUCACCCACAUUUAAAGGAGCUAAAUCGCUUAUAUUUGCGACCUAGAAAUUGACUUGAUUGGGACUUGAUUGGCGUCAUUUGGGACUCAACCGUAACACAAACGACAUUUGGGACUCAAUACAUGAAAUUGAUUUAAACAUCCUUAUCAUAUUAUGACCCACAGAUGGUUGACAUUGGCACUGGCUUGACACGAACAACGGCCACGUGGAGGUCAUUAGUUACUACUGCUGGCCUGUGUUAUGCAAUGUCCUUUGUCUUGUAAGCAAUCUGUACUGAACGCUUAAAGGAGCUAAAUCGCUAACAUUUGGGACCUAGAAAUUCACAAAAGUGGGUCGCAACGCAUAUAAUACUGUAAUAUGAAUGUAUAUAAACUGAUUUACAUUUAAUGGUUUCCGUUUUUACUCCAAUUUCAAAUCAGUUAUGUUCGGCGAAAUAAGUCAGCAAUCUCAAUCGAGUGCAAAUUUCUAGCGUCUAGUUAUUCUAGUCUACAUAACUCCAUUUGAUUUGGUGCAAUGUGUCUAGCCUCGUCCCUCGAGUCUCUCAAUACAACUGGGGCUGAAGCGCAUUAUGGUACACGAUUUGUGUACCAAUGUUAAAAAAAUUAUUUUAUCUUAAAUAUCGGAUAUCAGAAGCUCAUCUUUUCCCGGUAAGUUUACAUCAUCAAUGUUGAUUUAAAUUGACCAAUAAUUCGUGUUUUCGAUGUCGAAGAUUUUGGAGGAUUUUGAGUUACGGACUUAGGUCCUUUAAUCCGGUAUGAUGUAAUAUAGCCAGCUGCAUAAUCCCUUCGAUCAUCCUUUGUCUAGAAAGGGAUUAUAAGCAGAUACCUGAAGUGAUAGAAAGCUGGUUAAGACCGAAGAGCAGCCAUGGAAGUUUGUUGCUUGGGAGUUGGCACCCUCGGGUGCCAAGCCAAGCUAGGUCCAUGGCUCCCUUGACACAAGCUAAUUACGGAGCCACAUAUAAAUCUUUUAUAGUCUUAAUGUGAUCUCGAUCCCUUUGAUUUGGAUCUAAUCUGAAAUUUAUGGAGGCCAUUCAUGGAUCUCUGGCAGAGAUCUAUUCUCAAAGUAAAUUAAACACAUGAGUUCUAUGGAAAACAUUUAAUAACUGUUUUCGGGGCAAAUAAAAUGUUUUCGGCGUUAAGAAAAAAAGAAAAGACCAAAAUGAUACUAGAGUUCUAAUCAAAUGUAUUCGGUGGUAACAAAAAAAAGAAGACCAAAAUGAUAUUAGAGUUCUAAAUGAAAUAUGUAUUCGGUGGUAAGAAAAAAUAAAAAUAAAAAAAAAAUUUCAGCGUGCCUUCCCUUUAAGAUGUUUUCUGGGCAAGUAUAAUGUAUUCGGUGGAAAGAAAAGAUGACUCUAAAAUUCAGCGUGCUUUCCCUUUAAGAUAUUUUCGGGGAUAAUGUAUUCGGCGGUAAAAAGAAAAGAAAAUGACACUUAUGCUCAGCGUACUUUCCCUUUAAGAUAAGACGGUUACAUUUACCGUUACAAAUAAAGACUGGUCGACUGAGACACGUGAAACUCAUUGACGUUCAGCUACCUUGGUGAUGCACGCUAAAGGUGAUUAGAUUAGGUCGUCAUGCCUCGUUUCAUACGAUACCUUUACAACACUCGAUGUUGAGCUGGAUAAUCGAGACGCACAAUGGCCGCUAAAUCUGAGCGAUAUUGAAAUAGACCACAAAAAAUGACAGUUACACUGUUCUGAGUUGGUAAUAAUAUAUUAUAAUGCAUAUGGAAUACCUGGUGAAUAUAUACUAAAUCAGCCAAUACAUAUACAUGUACGGGGAAUAUAGCUGUAUAAUACACCGUUAGAAUAAUGAUUUUUGUGAUAUACAUGGACAAGUCAACUUUCUGUUGGUCUUAGAGCACUGAAAUCAUGAUCCAUUUGCGAGUCUGGAUAACAGAGACACCUGGCACCGCAAUUAAAUUACUUCCUGUGUGACAUCAUGAGAUUUCACCAUGUCUGUGGGGAAGCUGUUACAAUUUCAGAUGACAGUAGAACAGCAAAACGAUCGGAACACUGUUUUAGCCAUGGCAUUGUCUUUUGUAACCAGCCAAUCCAAAUUAAUGAAAAGAUUUGCGUUGAAUUGACAUGUGUUUCUAUGUGGAGUGGAGCUUUAAGACUUGGCGUGACAUCUUGUGAUCCAGCAGAACUGAAUGCCAGUGAUAUUCCAAAAUACGCAUUUCCAGAUUUAAGUAAAAAAGAAGGGUAUUGGGUAGCACAUUUGAAUGAAAAUGAGACAUGUACAGGGACAAAAAUAACAGCAUACAUUAAUUCAAGCAGUCAGUUUCAUAUUUUUAGAAAUAACAAACACUGCGGUGUAUAUAUAUCACAAUUACCAACCAAUCAGAAUCUCUGGCUUUUCUAUGAUCUCUAUGGAAACACCAAUGGUAUUAGGCUAGUGCCAGCAGAUGAUGCUCCUAAAGAAAUACAAGCGCGAGGACCAGAUGCUGUUCGAGCCUAUCAUUCAUCUUGUUCUACAGGAACACAACCCGUUUACAGAUCACGGUUAAUGCUAGUAGGAAAAGAUCGUGUGGGCAAAACUAGUCUGAAACGAGCUCUGACUGGACUCAGUCAUAAUAAAGAAGAAAAGAGUACGAAUGGAAUAGAUUUAUCCGCUUCGUGUUCUUUCAACUUGAAUAAUAGAUCGUCAUGGAAACUAGCAAUUAAAGGAGAAGACUUUCCACUUUUACCUGAUGUGGAUAAAAAAGAUUUGGGAAUUCUAGGUGGCUAUGAUGGACUGGAGGAAGAAUAUCACCAAGCGUUAGCAAAUAAUAUUGUAAAGGAACUACUCUUUGUACCGAAACGAAAACAAUCUAUCAACAAACCAAUCAGAAGUUCUGUUUCAUCCUCCACAGGGUCUAUCAACAGGGUCAAUAAACUGGAUGGUAGAUUACCUCCCUUGUUGGAAUCUUUACCAAAAAUCACAGAUAUAAAACAGAUACCUCCAGAUUUAUUCAACGAUGUCCCAGAACGUGUUGUGCAACUCGUUCAAAAGCAACUGGAAAAUCCUACUGCUGAUAAGCCUCUGUCAUCUAGUCAUACUUCUGUAUCUAAGAAUAAUACUGUAGUUUUAAAUAUCUGGGAUUUUGCUGGUCAAGCUGUUUAUUAUACUACACAUCAGGUGUUUCUCACAUCAAGGGCUGUGUAUGUCAUUGUUUUUAAUUUAUGUGAUGACCUGACAGGUAAACAGAAAGAGAAACAAGAAAAGGUUGAGGAAAGUGAAGAGUUAUCUACCUUAGAAUAUAUGGAUUUUUGGAUGAGAUCUAUCCAUGCACAUGCUGCUGAGAACACAUUUAAUAGUGUUGAUAAUACCAGGUUGUCUCCCCCUAUAUUUAUUGUUGGUACACAUCGAAACAGUCUGGAUACUGACUUUGAUACACAAAAACUUCUGGUGGAAGAGAAGUUUAACACAGUAAGACAAUAUAUAACUGGUAAACCCUAUACACAACAUGUUGUUACACCUUUCUUCGCUGUAGAAAAUGACCUCAGUUCUUACGAUCAAGAUCAACAGAUUGAUCUGUUAAGAAGUGAGAUAGAGAAGAUAGCUGGUCGUGAAUCCUACAUGGGUGAACAAAUGCCAAUCAAAUGGUUGAAAUUUGAACAAGAAAUAACCAGAUUAGCAGAUGAAGGAACUCAUUAUGCUACCUUUGAUCAGGUCCGUGAGAUUGCUGCUAAUAGUGGAAUUAUAUCAGAUGAAGAGAUUCAGACCUUGUUAGAGUUCUAUCAUGAUCUUGGAGUUAUUAUUUAUUAUGGAUCGUCCAGUUUGGUGGAAAAUGUUUUACGUAAUACGGUGAUACUCAAUCCACAAUGGUUGAUUGACAUGUUCCGUAGAUUUAUUGUAUCCAGAUCGUCACAGGACCAGUGGAAUUUAAUGGAAGAUAAGUGGAAGAGGUUAGAAUUGUAUUGUAUCAUAGAAGAACCAUUAAUAGAUGUACUGUGGCAUGAUGCCAUUCCUCAAAAAUACAUGCUAUUAGGAUUAAUGGAGAAAUUUGAUCUUUUAUGUAAAAGAAUUCCACCUUCAGGACAGUCACAUCGUGAAGAGUAUGGUAGUUAUUAUAUACCAAUGAGAUUAAGGAAUAAUAAAGAUGACAGCCACGACAGUUUAUAUCCACAUCAAUCAUCUAAUGUUAUAAUUUAUCUGGAUUUUAAUUCUUUUUUACCAGAGGGAUUAUUUUAUCGCAUUUUAACCCGUGCCACCAGAUGGAGCCAAGACAAUGGAGGUCGUGAUCCAUAUUUAUUUCGUAGAUCUGCUAGAUUUUAUAUUGAUUCCGAACAUGAUUUUAUUUUAGAGAUGCCAUUAAAACAACAUUAUAUUAAGGUAGUGAUUGUUCGAGAGGUUGAUCUUUCAAAUGACCUUAUGACCUCUCCACCACCAUUACCUUCUGCUUGUGCCAAGGUUAGGAAUUUUCUUGAAUCAACAUUAUGUGAUUUACGUGCACUAUGGAUGAAGAGAAUAGCGUAUAAAACGUGUGUAGCUUGUCCAUGUGAUAAAAAAUGUUUAUUACACAAACAGUCUAAAUGUUCUGAUCAAGGAUGUUUACAUUUCUUAGAUAUGGAUGAAUGUUUGAGUAAUAAGAUUGUCUGUUGCGAUCAUAGAAGAGUUAAAACGGACCUGUUUCAAAAAUGGUUUCCUUCCUCCACUAACUCAGAAUUUAAGGAUCCAAUUUUAUCUGUGAAAUGUUUGGAUAAUAUUGGAACAAAUAUUGAACGUAAUGCCCCAGAUUUACCCAAAUGGUUGAAAGGAGCUGCUAAACUAUUAAAUGGUGGUUGUGAAAAUCAAGAUUGGAUGGCAUUAGCUAAACAAAUGGGAUACAAAACAAAUAAAAUAGAAAAAUUUAACGAUGACCUGAAUCCAGCAUUAGCUCUACUCACUGAUUGGAUAAUAACAAGUGGUAAUACAGGAUUAUCUGUGGAUAUGUUAAUUCUAUAUUUAGAACAAUUACAGAGAUAUGACAUCAUGGCGGUUAUUAAUAACGCUAAAGAUGCUGAAAAGGACAGUCCAGAAAUAUUUUUAAGUUAUCAGUGGGAUCAUCAGGAUGAAGUUCGUAAAUUACGUGAUCGAUUAGAAAGGUCAGGGUUCAAAUGUUGGAUGGAUAUUGGACAAAUGGGAGGUGGAGAUUUACUUAAUGCCAAAAUAGAUGAGGGAAUUCGAAAUUCGAAGGUAUGA